AUGGUCAGACCCGAACAAAUACAUAUAUCAUUUGGCGAGAAAAUAAAUGACAUGGUCAUUAUCUGGGCCUCAAAGAAAAAGAUUGAUGAGCCAUAUAUCGAAUAUGGCAGAGAUGCGAAUCUGAGGAAAGCUACGGCAGAGGCUACUCAAUUUGAGGAAGCAAAUAAGGAAGGAACAAAGUAUUGGCACCGAGCUUAUUUAUCCGAUUUAAAAGAUGGUCAACAGUAUUUCUACAGAGUCAACUCGGGUAGAGGUGCUGGAGGGGUCAGUGAACAGCUUUCCUUCACCGUACCAUCUCUUAAAAGGAAUUCAAUUCACUCUGUGAUGAUUCUUGCAGACAUGGGAAUGUCCACCAAAACGUUAGAUUUCUUAGUUCAAGAAGCUGUGAAUGGCGGUUAUGAAGCUGUGAUACAUAUUGGUGAUAUAGCUAACGACUUGCAUCGCGGAGAAGGUGUGAUUGGUGAUAGAUACCUUAAACGAAUUCAGAAAAUGGCCGCCCAGGUUCCAUACAUGACAUGUCCCGGAGACCAGGAGGAGUUCCAGGAUUAUGUCCAUUACAGAUACCGGUUCUCGAUGCCGGGGUCACCGUGGCCGAUGUCUUACGAGAAACUCUGGUACAGCUAUAACCUAGGAAAUGCUCACUUUGUUGUUAUUAACACUGAAGUCCUUUGUGCCGAGAACCACAAACUAAAAGAUGCCCAGUUAUCCUGGCUCAAAAAUGAUCUUACAAUUAACAAUAAGGAGCAGAGACCGAAACAUCCCUGGAUUAUCAUGUUUGGCCAUAAGCCAAUGUAUGCAUCAUGUAACAAGGAGGAGGAGGAAUGUGUCAAAGAACAGCCAGCUCUUCGGAAAGAAUUGGAUGAUAUUCUUUUCCGCUAUGGAGUAGAUCUGUACAUAGCUGGUCAUCAACAUAACUAUGAACGUACAUGGCCAGUGUAUAGAGAAAAACUUUUUGAUGAAUAUAAUUAUAAGAACCCGAAAGGGCCAGUUCAUCUCACCAUUGGUUCAAUGGGUGCUGAAUAUCAUCAAGAAAGGUUUUCCAAACCUGGGGGAGCAUGGUCAUCCUACCGAUACCCUGGGACAGAGAAGGAACUAUUUGCUAAGCUUGACAUUAUCAAUGCAAGUCACUUAUUCUGGGAGGUACUUUCUGCAAGCAACAAUGAAAAAGUCGAUAGGAUAUGGAUUGUUCAGAACAGCCAUGGAACGUUUGGUGAACCAGGAGAAGGGGCAUUCCAGCGUGUUAAGGAACUGAGGAACAUUCCCGUGCAGCCCCCUCUCCCAGCCGAGGAUCACAGCAGGUAUAUGGCGAAGUUGUCAAGGAAAAAGUUUUAUUCGAGGAACACUAGCCAAUAUGGAGUUCACUUUUCUAUGAUUGUUACUUGUGCUGUGGCUGUGAUGAUUGGGUUAAUGUCGUGGCGGAUUAGGAAGAAACUCUGUGUGUUGUGCAGGAUUGGCACGGGUGGGAAAUGA